AAGCGGAAGUAGACACAAUUUCAGCAGCUGCUGUUCGGCUGUUCUUACUGAAAAUACUAGGCUACUACUAUUCUCACGAGUUUUGUUACUUGUAUAGUUUGGUGUAAUCUGUAUACUACGUGUACUAUUUCGAGCAUUGCGUUUAGCUUUUUUUCAUGGUAACAGCAAACAGUUGAUUUGGUCCCUUUGAAAAACAGCACAAUGUCGAAUCGUCUGGCGUUCCAGACCCAGCUAGCUUCCAUCAUGGAGGUUUUAGCUAAUGCAGCCGUGGCAGAAAUUUGUAAGCUUGUGGACGACGAUUAUGCCGUUAUUCAUUUGCAAAUGUCUCAGUGUCAAAGAGAAAACAAAACUCUCAAAAGGAAGUUGCAUUUAUUGGAACUUAGAAUGGCCCGGGGUUAUGCCGAAAGGAGAAUACGUGAAAGUGCUAUGAGCAACCGCUUGAACAGAGUCCAUGUUAAUGCAAACAUAAACAUCGUUGAUAAGUACAGAGUACCUAUGUCUGGACACUUUCCAUCCGAUGGCGGUGCUCUUGGUAGACAGAUGAAUAUCGGUUUAUGGGAGGAUGCAUCUGGUGGAACAGAGCCUGUUCAUCGCUUAUCAACAGCUGAAUCUGCAGGUGAAGAGUUGCCAGGACCUGACCUAGUGCAUGUUAAGGAAGAGAGAAUGGACAACGACUCAGGAGAGAGAGACACACAGGAGACUCUACAAAUCAGGGAAGAUGGACGUGUAGAGGUCGGCUCUAGAGUGGAGAGGUCAGGCUUUGAGGACAGCCGGGAUUCGCCAGCCGCGAGUUCAGAGGGGCAGCCGCAGUCGCAGCGCAGCAGCAGGACCGGCCGAGGCACCGUGGAGCCAGAAGAUAUGGAGGAAGGAGAACCUGACGUACUGUUCAUUAAGGAGGAGAGCUCCGAGGAGGACCAGGAGGGCAAGAGAAGAGGGUUGAGUGUACAAGAGGGAGUCGUUGAGUCCAGCACCGGUGACUCUGGAGUGGACCAGCCCUCCUCAGAGGCACAAAUGUCAGCAUCCGAAGCAACUGUCGAAAUCAAUGCCCCUGAGUCUGGACAAAUGGAGCUGUCCAAAGAGGAAGACAAGGAUGAGCUGGUGGCCAUUGACAUUGUGCCAUCAGGAGGAGUAGAGUCCAGAAUGGAAGGCUUUGUGGGCUCUGAACCGUCUAGAGAAACAGACACACAGGUACUGCAGAAACAGAUGGCUCCAAAACGCAUCAGAGGUGUCACCUCCGGUACUAUAUGGGACCUGACGGGCUCUGAUGACACACCAGAGGAGAAGUUAGAGACUCACCCGGCUCAGGGCCUGCAGAGAGGGAACAGCGGCUCAGCCCUGGGCUCGGACUACCCCCUGUACGAGAGGCCUGCAGAGCUGGACAACCUCUUCUCAUGCUGGCCCACAGAAAGCCCACCUCGACCGGGCGAGCCCUCUUGCUCUUACUCCUCCAGCGACCCAGACCCGGAUCAGGACUGUCUCCUGGUCCACCCUGGGCCUCAGACGAGAUCCGUGGCGGUCUGUGGUGCUCCAGUGGCGACUGGGAAUAAGGUGUCCUCGUCAGGGCCACAGAGGGCCCUGAGGCCAGAUGGAGUAGUGGCUGUAAUGGGCACCAACCCCAGACUCGCUGAGUGGCACUCGUCCACCGCAGCAAGGAGUGGUCGACUGCACACACUGCGUAGGAGUCAUACGGAUGCCAUCCGUCUGGAGAGUGCCACCAGCACGUGCCCCCCUCCGUCACAGCUCCCCCAAAGGGUCUCCGUAAACCCUGCCCCGUCAACCUUCACCAGGCUCGGGCCUUCUGCCAUGUCGGCAACGCAGAUUCACAAGUCUUUGAUGGGGCUGUCGCAACAGCAACAACAGCAGCAGCAGCCUCCACAGAUUCUCUUUCCACCAGUGGAGCGUGUGAUCAGCAAGAAGUAUGUGUGCCGAUUCUGUGGGAAGGCGUUUGCUGGCCAGUCAAAUCUGGAGGCGCACCAGCGUGUUCACACCGGGGAGAAGCCUUUCCGCUGUGCCACCUGUGGGAAGCUGUUUUCCGAGGCAGGCAACCUGAAGAAGCACCAGCGCGUGCACACGGGAGAGAAACCCUACACCUGUGGCCGUUGCGGGAAACACUUUGCCUGGAUCUGCAACCUGCGCACGCACCAACAGUCAGCUGCCUGUGGAGGGGUUUCAACAAUGGGCAAAUAAACAUUUCAGUACAGUUAAAAGAAGGGAGAAAGGGCCUCACUUUACAUAAGUUUUUUAUUAUUAUUGCAAUUGCGUUAACAAAAAUGAAAAGUUUGGUCCAGCACUCUAACAAACUAAAGACACUGAGUGAAGCCUGCUCCUAUUCCUGUAUUUCAGUACAGUUACCAUAAAUAAAGUGACAAGACUACUCAUGAGUGGAGCAUAUAAGUGGUGGGAACAUGGUAAAAAUAGUAGUUGCCUCUGAAAUCAUGUUCUUCUAAAAAAUAAAGUAGCAGUAGUAAAUGGUAGGUAGUAAAAUGAUGGCUUGUGAAGAACUCCAUUUGGCGCUGGGCAGUGUCUUUAGAUCGUAUUUGUCAUCUUAUCUGCAAAGUUAAGUUGAGCCUGUGCCACGGCCUAACUAUAUCAAUGUAAAGAAUUGGACCAGUGAAAUGACUCCCAGUUGUUUGUUACUACAAAUACAUGUACUACCUCAGCAAUAGAUGUAGAUUAUGUAGCAGUUAACUACACAAUUAUUUAUCCUUCCUCUCUCUAUGGACAACUGACCAUUUUACGGGUAUAACAGUGUUAGCUGUUGUCAAGACCAAUGAGUACUCUUGUUCGGUUCAAAUGCAAGAUUUUUUUUUUACAUAUUAUAUCAUGACA